AUGAACACAUUCCGACGAGGCUUGACGACAAUGGCAUCUCUCAAGACCCCCCCGAGCAAGAUCGUCUGCAUUGGCCGCAACUACGCGGACCAUGUCAAGGAGCUCAACAGCGCAAGGCCGAAGCAGCCUUUCUUCUUCUUCAAGCCCCCAACUUGUGUGCUGCAGCCCGGUGAGGGCCCGGUCAUCAGGCCCAAGGGCGUCGACCUGCACUAUGAGAUUGAGCUGGCGCUCAUCAUGGGCAAGAAGGUCAAGGACCUGGCGCCUGACGAUGAGCAAGGCGCCAUUGACGCCAUUGAGAGCUACGCCCUGUCAAUCGACAUGACGGCGCGCAACAUCCAGAACGAGGCCAAGAAGAAGGGCCUGCCGUGGGACAUCUCCAAGGGAUUCGACACAUUCCUGCCCAUCAGCCGGCUGAUCCCCAAGGCCAAGAUCCCGGAUCCGCACCGGGUCGAGCUGUGGCUCAAGGUCAACGGUGAGACGAAGCAGGAGGACUCGACGGAGCUGUUUCUGUUCCAGAUCCCCCGCGUGCUGAGCGAGAUCUCGCGCGUCGUCACCCUCGAGAAGGGCGACAUCGUCAUCACGGGCACGCCCAAGGGCGUCGGCCCCGUCGUCCCAGGCGAUGUCAUGACCGGCGGCAUCCGCGUCGACGGAAAGGAGCUCGAGGAGGCCGCCUUGGAGGUCGCCGUGGAGGAGAGCAAGGGCGCAUACGUCUACCAGGAGACGUGA